UUCCUCACUGUCUUUAUAGCUGUCCUUGAAUUCACUAGAAAAAGUGUUACAGAACCUAACAUCGUCUACUUGAAAUGGUCUUUCUUUAUAUUGACUUAACUAUUCAUACCGGAGUUGCGGUAGAAACAUUUAUGUGAUGUCAGCCCCUACAGCAAACCAGAGGAAAGAGUGCUGGGGUGCUAGGGACAAACUGUGGAAGUGCCUUGAUGAUAACCGUGACAACACCUCCUGUGAGAAGUUCCAGAAAGAGUUUGAGGUGUCCUGUCCCGCUCAAUGGGUGAAAUAUUUCAACAAGAGGAGAGACUUCUUGAAAUACAAAGAGAGGAUGGAGAAGGAGGGCUUUGAGCCUGCUGAAGGUCCUAAACAGUCACAGUCCUAGCCAGUAACCACCGGUCAGAAGGCAGAGAGGAGGUGGGCCUCUGGAGCCUGCUAGUUGACGCUGGGCAGCAGUCGUCUGCCGCUGGACACCGCAGCCCCACUAUGCUCUACCAGAGAGGACCGAUGCUGAAGGUCAGUGACCACACCCAUACCAGACCUGGACGCUCAGGGUGCAUGUCAGCGGUCAGGUAUUUUGUGUUCAUUUGUCUAAUUAAUUUCUUGCUUCUGGCUCGUGACCCGUGCCACCCCACCCUUACACGUCCUCCCGUUGAGUUAAAUACAACACCGGUUGAAAAAACACGGAGGGCUCGGGCUGGGACACUGCCCUUUGGAUACAUCGCCCAUCACUUGAGAGCACAGAGAAAAAACAUGGCCCAGUGUCUGUUCAAGAAUGUGCAUAUUGGGGGAGGGCAAGGGACCGUGUUCCAGUACAAAACCUUCCUCAAAGUACCAACUGUCCAAGCAAACUGGAGAGUCAUUGUCAUAGUGAUCACUGUGGAUCACUCCUCACUGGCAUGAUUCUUCAGGAUUCCUUUGUUUCUCUGAUUGAUUAGUCUGACAGCGGGUGGACCUUUGUGCUGUGACAACUUUUAUCCGCUAAGCUGUAUCAACUGCCUUCGUGACCUAUCAGCUACCAAUCUUUUUUUUUUUCGUCCAACGGGCAGAUAAUGUUCAUUAUUUAUGAAUAGCGGUGUGGUAUGAUUGUGAUUUGUUGUUGUUGAUAAAUAAAGACGAGUCAUGAAUUGAA